AUGGUAGUCAUGUCACACCAAACGCGUCCGGGAUCGGAUAAUAAUCCUUCCACCUAUUUGUUUAAACAAGAGGAGGAUCUACAACAGGCGAAUGCGGAGAACACUGCGGAGAACAUUGCGGAGACAGUCAUCAGCAGCAGUGACACAACAGGCCUACUCUCCACGGUCUCACACCAAUCCACUCAGCCAGUACAAGAGAAGUCAAUACAGCAGGCGAAUGCGGAGAACACUGCGGAGAACAUUGCGGAGACAGUCAUCAGCAGCAGUGACACAACAGGCCUACUCUCCACGGUCUCACACCAAUCCACUCAGCCAGUGCAAGAGAAGUCAAUACAGCAGGCGAAUGCGGAGAACACUGCGGAGAAACCAAGCGGCAACAAGGCCCCCAGCACCAAGAACACGGCUCAGCUCUCCAAGAUCCCACGUCAUAUGCUCUCCACGGUUCCACAUCAAAUCAUCACUCAGCAAGCGGAGAACACCACUACAACUUAG